AUGGCGUCGAGCCAACACGUCCUCCUCUCCCCCGCCGAGCUGGCCUACCUGCACGCCUCACUCUCACUAAUCCCGCCCAUCCGCCCCGACGGCCGCUCACCGACCCAAUUCCGCCCGCUCGUCGCCGAAACCGGCAUCCUCCCGGGCACCAACGGCAGCGCCCGGAUCUGCUUCGCCGACGGCACCGAGGCCAUCGUCGGCGUCAAGGCUGAGGUGGAAAGGACGGCGCUGCGGCCUGGGGAGGAUACGAUUUAUCUUGAGGAGGGGGGUCUUGAAGGGGGGGAUGAUGGAGAGGAGGGGAGCUCAGAGGAUAAGCGGAAAGGGGAUGCGUCGUGGGUUGAGAUGACAGUUGAGAUACCCGGGUUAAGGGACGACGACUCCGGGACGGCGUUCUUGUCGGCUAUGCUGAGUGAGGCGUUACUUGCGGAUGGGGAGUUUGCUAGGCGGUUGUGGAUUAACAGGCGGUUUCACUGGAAGUUGUAUCUCGACAUCAUCCUCAUCUCCCCACCACUCUCUUACCCUCUCCCCUUACUCUCCCUCACCACCCAUCUCGCCCUCCUCUCCACCCGCCUCCCACGCCUCAAAUCCGAAGGCGACGAGGACCCUUUCUUCGACGACGACUGGGCCGCCGCACCCUACCUCUUCCCGCGCAGCAGCGAGACCUCCGCCCACACCACGACUAGCACUACCAGUACCAGCACCCGCCCACCAAUAACCCUCCUCGUCAUGGCCGUCGCAAACAACAUCAUCUUCGACCCAUCCAAAGAAGAACUCGCCGUCGCCGACGCCGCCCUGGCCGUGUCCGUGACCAGCACGUCGAGUCACACUACUACCGCGGACGCCGACCCAAUAAGACAAGCACAAGCACAAGAACAAGAAGAAAAAGAAGGACGUAACCUCCGCCUACUAUCCAUCCGCACCAUCGAUCCCCCUUCACGGCUGACCCCGCCUGGCGUGGCGAAUGCUGCUAAUGCGGCGUAUGGUGCGAGUCUUGGGGCGUCGGGACAGCAGCCGCAGCAGCAGCAGCAAAAGUCGACAGCGGUGGUGCCAGUGAUGGCUAGUGAGACGGAGGCGGUGGAGGGCGUGUGGAGGCCGCCGCGGGGCGGGGCUAAGAGGGCGGUGUUGGGGGCGUUGGUGCAGAAGGUGUUGGAAGGGGGUGGGGUUGUGGAUGAGGUGCUGGAUGCUUUGGAGGGGGUUGAUUUGGGGUAG